CCCAACCCCCGGCCGCACCUACACACAGGGCGACAAACGCUUUGGCCGCACACACACAUCACAUCUCCCUCUCGCCCUCUCGCUCUCGCUGCCUCCCUUUGCAUGGACGCCUCCGCCGGCUCGUCGCCGCCGCGGCACUCGCAGGGGGACGCGCCGAGGCGCGGCGGGCCCCACCGCGGGAAGGGCCCCGCGGUGGAGAUCCGGCAGGGAGAGGACGACUUCAUGUUCGCGCACGAUACCUUCCCGGCCCUCCCGGACUUCCCUUGCCUCUCCUCGCCGUCGAGCUCCACCUUCUCCUCCUCGUCGUCUUCCAACUCCUCCAGCGCCUUCACCCGCGCCGUGGGGGCAGGCGGGCGCGGGGGCGAGAGUGCGCGCGGCGAGCCGUCCGAGCCUGCCGCGGCCGGGGACGGGAUGGACGACCUCUCCGACAUCGACCACCUGCUCGACUUCGCAUCCAUCAACGAGGACGUCCCUUGGGACGACGAGCCGCUCUUCCCCGACGUCGGGAUGAUGCUGGAGGACGUCAUCUCCGAGCAGCAGCAGUUGCAACCUCCGGCGGGCCACGGCACGGCCGCUGGUGGAGGAGAGGAUGCCUUCAUGGGUGGCGGCGGCACGGGGAGCGCGGCGGACGACCUGCCGCGCUUCUUCAUGGAGUGGCUCAAGAACAACCGCGACUGCAUCUCGGCCGAGGACCUCCGCAGCAUCCGCCUCCGUCGAUCCACCAUCGAGGCCGCGGCCGCGCGCCUCGGUGGGGGGCGUCAGGGCACCAUGCAGCUGCUCAAGCUCAUCCUCACCUGGGUGCAGAACCACCACCUGCAGAAGAAGCGCCCCCGCGUCGGCGCCAUGGAUCAGGAGGCGCUGCCGGCAGGAGGCCAGCUCCCUAGCCCCGGCGCAAACCCCGGCUACGAAUUCCCCGCGGAGACGGGUGCCGCCGCUGCCACAUCUUGGAUGCCCUACCAGGCCUUCUCGCCAACUGGAUCCUACGGCGGCGAGGCGAUCUACCCGUUCCAGCAGGGCUGCAGCACGAGCAGCGUGGGCGUGAGCAGCCAGCCGUUCUCCCCGCCGGCGGCGCCCGACAUGCACGCCGGGGCCUGGCCGCUGCAGUACGCGGCGUUCGUCCCAGCUGGGGCCACAUCCGCAGGCACUCAAACAUACCCGAUGCCGCCGCCGGGGGCCGUGCCGCAGCCGUUCGCGGCCCCCGGAUUCGCCGGGCAGUUCCCGCAGCGGAUGGAGCCGGCGGCGACCAGGGAGGCCCGGAAGAAGAGGAUGGCGAGGCAGCGGCGCCUGUCGUGCCUGCAGCAGCAGCGGAGCCAGCAGCUGAAUCUGAGCCAGAUCCAAACCGGCGGCUUCCCUCAAGAGCCAUCCCCCCGCGCGGCGCACUCGGCGCCGGUCACGCCGCCGUCGUCUGGCUGGGGAGGCCUCUGGACGCAACAGGCCGUCCAGAGCCAGCCCCAUGGCCAGCUCAUGGUCCAGGUCCCGAAUCCGCUGUCGACGAAGUCCAAUUCCUCAAGGCAGAAGCAGCAAAAACCCUCGCCGGACGCAGCAGCGAGGCCGCCCUCCGGCGGCGCCGCCACGCCGCAGCGCCCGGGGCAGGCGGCGGCUUCCGACAAGCAGCGGCAGCAGGGUGCGAGGACGCCGGCGGCGGCGCCGGCGGCAGGAGACAAGAACCUGCGGUUCCUGCUGCAGAAGGUGCUCAAGCAGAGCGACGUCGGAACCCUCGGCCGCAUCGUGCUCCCCAAAAAGGAAGCGGAGACUCACCUGCCGGAGCUCAAGACGGGGGACGGCAUCUCGAUCCCCAUUGAGGACAUCGGCACAUCUCAGGUGUGGAGCAUGCGGUACCGAUUUUGGCCCAACAACAAGAGCAGAAUGUAUCUUCUGGAGAACACUGGUGACUUUGUUCGGUCGAAUGAGCUGCAGGAGGGUGAUUUCAUCGUGCUUUACUCUGAUGUCAAGUCGGGCAAAUAUCUGAUACGCGGCGUGAAGGUGAGAGCGCAACAGGAUCUAGCCAAGCACAAGAAUGCCAGUCCAGAGAAAGGCGGGGCGUCCGACGUGAAGGCGGGCGGAGAAGACGGCGGCUGCAAGGAGAAGCCCCCCCACGGCGUCCGGCGAUCUCGCCAGGAGGCCGCCUCCAUGAACCAGAUGGCGGUGAGCAUCUGAAAUGAGCAGGCUCGCCGUCCGAUCCACCAUUGAAGACUCAGUUAGCUAGCUCAAGUAUACCCGUUGAUGAUGAUCAAAUCGAUCUCUCGUUCUAUGAUCCGUGCUUCCGUGUACUGCUGUAGCCCUAGUUAGGGAUGAUGAUACUAAAGUAGCUAUCGGUCAGAUGUGACGCUGAAGAAUGCAUGGUCCGUGCUGUUAAACCUGUAUAAAGGCUGUAACCCUUCUGUACAUGCAUGAACAUACCCUUAUUCGUUGUGUGUUGUCCUCCUAACAAGCAAACUU